UCUGGUAACUAUCCCGCGCGGGGCAUUAUGGGAUUUGUUGAACCUAUUGCGUCACUGUGUGCCGCCAGAGGAUUUGUACCGCCUUCAGUCGCAUCUCACGCACGCCGAGAGAAAGCAGAAAUGGCCAAUCAGUCAAUGGACAUUGUAGCAAAGGCACUGGAGCAGCAGAUACUGCACUCAACACGGAUCGUUGAUGAGCAGAUCGAUGCUGAGCUGCAGAAGCUAGAGUGUAUGGAUGAGGAUGAACUUGAGCGUCUCAAGGAAAGGAGGCUGGAGGCUCUCAAAAAAGCCCAGAAACAGAAGCAGGAAUGGAUCUCUAAAGGCCAUGGUGAAUAUAGAGAGAUUCCAAGUGAGAGAGAUUUCUUUUCUGAAGUUAAAGAAAGCAAGAAUGUUGUUUGCCAUUUCUACAGGGAUUCCGCUUUCAGAUGCAAAAUUCUGGACAAGCACUUGAGUGUCCUGGCAAAGAAGCAUUUGGAGACAAAGUUCAUCAAACUAAAUGUAGAGAAGGCUCCCUUCCUAACCGAAAGGCUUCGCAUUAAAGUUAUUCCUACACUAGCGCUGGUGAAAGAUGGGAAAACUAAGGACUACGUAGUAGGGUUCACUGAUCUGGGUAACACAGAUGAAUUCUCAACUGAAAUGUUGGAGUGGAGACUGGGCUGUUCAGAUAUAAUCAACUACAGUGGAAAUCGCUUGGAGCCACCUGCACUUAGUCAGAAACCAAGUACAAAGUUCACGAAGCUGGAGAAAAAGACGAUCAGAGGGAAAGAUUAUGACUUGGACUCUGAAUCUGAUGAUGAUUAGAAACCUUUUUCCUCAGGCCUUCCUAUAGUCUUUGCAAAACUAACUUGGUUUGUAUUUCCUUUGUAUAUUUCAGAUUACUUUUCCAUAGUUCAUAUUAAACCAUUGUUUCAUGAUAAAUGUGUUUUCAAACACACAAGACUGCAUUUCCCUUUAUACACCAUUUAGGCAGCAAAGUCUCUUUACUAAGGGUCAGCUAAUGUGUUUUUCUGGGAUGCUACUGAUUUAUUAGUAAUCAAGGACACUUAUAGCUGAUAUUUGUUUUCCAUAAAUUUGUCUGUUUUCAUAAUUUACAAGAAUUCAGUUCCUUCUGACAACUUGUUUGUUUAAUAUUGGAAUAUUCUUUUUUUUUUUUUUUAAAUAAGUACUUGGGGGGGGCGGGGGAGUAGAAGAGUCAUCAUCUCAAGGUGUGUGCGCACACGACUGAGUGAGUGAAAUUAUAUGACCGAGUGCAUUGUGCUUUUUGCCAUCAUGUCAACCCUGACAUGUUCUUAUUUUUCCUCUCACUGUGGAAGCGAAAGUAAGUGCUGCUUCAUUCCUGUGUUUCUCACAAACACAGAAAAGCUUAUUUGAUUGGAUUUGAUAGGAAACAAGUUUAAAUACUGAUUCUGAUCAUCAGAAAAAUGCUGAAUAUCAGCCGACCCCAAUGAUGUUUUCUGCCUGGAUUUGAACUGAAAGAAGUGGAGCCUUAUAGAGAUCUUGCAGUCACGUGACCGGAAAGUACACAACCGCCAUCUUGUCAGUCAAAAACACCGCUGAAUACUGCUGCACUCGUGUACAGAAUGGAUCAAUUUCAACCGACGGACUACACGGCUCAUUUUUCUAAUGAACAGAUAACUAGAUAUAUGUCUAAAAUAAACGACCUACAGAUUUGUGACCCUUAUGGCUUACCGGACGGAGUUUUCACGACCGGAUUUUGAACUGCCAGCAGAAUACCCAGACGUGUAUAAUUACCUCAUUAACUUUCCCUCGCUGUUCAGUGGUGAAGCACUGCGUGCUUAUAAAUCUCUGGACAGUUAUCUUUACAGAAAUUCAGGAUUUGUCAGCGACUCAGAUGUGGCAUCUUGUAAACAAGAAUCCUCAUUGGACGGGUAAGUCACUUAAGUAUAGCACUGACCAGCCGACUAUAGAAUAAGGUAAUUCAGGCUGUAAUUCCAAAUCGUCCGUCUUGUUUACAUGGAUCUGGCGUUGGAGAGGUAGAGGCUUGGCAGUGGAGAUUUGAGUAGCUGUUUUCUGAGCUUAGUCAACAGGUCGGCUCUGCAGCCUCGCUUUUGCUUCCGCUCCCGGCGCCGCCUCCUUCGCUUUGCUUCCGAUAACAAUCCACGCAGACCCCACUGGUCUCGCUAUCUCGUCCGGAGUGUUUUUUUUUUCUCGUCUGGAAUGUUGUGCAUGCGAUGGAAAUCGCUACAAACCGUCAUUUUCUGCUGGAAACCAAUGUCCAGUAAGUCCAUACGGUUGUAGUGGAUAUUGAAGUCCGGUACAGACGAACAACACGCAAAAAUACACACAAAAAACAUAAACGUGCACAGGUAGGGAGAGCUUGUAGCCGCAGCCGUUGUAGUAGAAUUGUAUAUAGUAGGGUUUUCCAGAAGAAAAGGUAGAAGUAGAAGGCGGAAUAUGGCGUUUGACCGACAAGAUGGCGUCUGUCACAAUCUGGAUCGGCUGUGACGUCACAUGCAAGUGCUCCAUUGGGUUAGAUUUAGACUAGAACAAAUUUGCAUAAUGGACGGGGGGGGGGAAUCAAACUCUAAUCUGCUUACUAACACCACAGACAUUUGAAUCAGUGAAGCUGAUGUUUCUUGAAUUCUGGCAACAACAAUCCUCACUUAUUUCAAAGUGGCUUUAUUUGAAUUAAAAGUGGCAGGUUAUCAGGUUGAUGGUGCUGGAAAAUGGUCUCUUGUGGAAAUAAGCCUGAGAUACUUUUUAAAAAAAAAUAUUUAUGAAGUAACUAUUUGGUUCCUACGUUUAACGUAUUACUUUUAUGGGGAAUGAAUCUUUGAGAGGCCACUACAAAUAUUAACAUCACAGUUGCCCAAAACCAGAGUUAAGUUCUCGGGAUAUUAGAACUUCACACAAGUGCCAAUGAAGCUACCAUUACUGCAAUCACUACUAUUUGAUCCAUGUGAAAACUUUUUGAUUUUUCUUUAUUUUUUACAGCACAAAAUGAAUUCUCAUUAAAAGAAACUCUGCUCAUCACUG